CCCUGUUAGGGAUGACAAUUUUGUCCAAACCUAUGGAUAUUUUCUUAUCCAACCAAUUGAGUUUCGUAUGAAAUCCAAAUACAGGUUAAAUGGGUAGAGUUUGAUGGAUUUAUACCCAUAUCCAUUUAUUUGGGUUGAGUUUUUAAUCCAGGGUUUGAGUUUGUACCAUACCCAUAUGCAAUUUAUAAUUUGGUAACUAAACUAAUAGAACUUUACAUACCCUAAAUUCAAAAAAUAUUUAUACAUAAGUCCUGAAUAUUGAUGGAAAAUUAUAUUUUAGUAAUUAAAUUUUUGUGCUUUACGUUUUGACACCUUAACUUUUAAGUGUUACAAAUAGGUCCAAUUUUUUAUGUUUAAAACAACCUCAAAUAAAUUGGCAUAUACCCAACCCAUGCUCAUUUAAUGUAUGGAAGCAAUACUCAAAUACAACCCAAACCCAUACACAAACUCCAAAACCCAUAUAUACUUCACCCAUACCCUAUACAUAAUGAUUGAGUUAUUUGGGUUUGGAUAAAUUUACCCAUUGAUGAGUAAUUGUCAUCACUGACACCAUAUCUAACCCAAACCUAUUACAAACUCUCAGACCCAUAUAUAUACUUCAACAAUGUCCUACACAUAAUAAAUUAGUUAUUUGGGUUUGGAUAUAUUUACCAUAGAUGUGUAAUUGUCAUCCAUAACUCCAUGCAUGUGUGUUAUUAUUCGUUCAACCAUGGAAGAAAUAUACCAUGUGAACGACCUUGAGUUUCUUAAAUUUACGUCAUUUUUGCUCUAUGGACAUACUACAUAUGAGAGUAUUGAGCUGUGAUUACCCCUAGUGGAUUUUAUUCUCUCCAAUAAACUAAAAUACGAAUUGGUCUUUUAUAAAAUUGAUCCACUAGUCGAGUCUUGUUUUUAAAAUUAUUGCGCUAUGUAUAUGCACUUUUCUUCUUCUUAAAUAUUGACUACCAAAAAAUGUGAAGAUGAAGAAAAUAAUAAUAACAGUUAAGUGGUCAAUAUUAACUAAUCUCAUGUUAUACUGUGGUAUCAAAUUAUUUAGUUAAUAAAUUUUAACUAGUAAAAUUGUGUUAUUUCAUAGUAUCGAAGCAAUCUAUGAUAUAUAAUUGUUUUUUAAAAUUAAAUAAGACAUUUGCUCACAUAAUCUAUGUGUUAAACUUCAUAUAGGGUGAGAUAUAUAAUUUAAUGAUCCUUUGAAUUAUCAAAAUGAAACUCAUAUAGAUCGAUUAGCUUAUAACUCGAUAAUCGAGUUGGCUCUCAAGUCACAAUGUUGAGAGUUAGGAUCUCUCAUGAGCUCUAAACGAGUCAUCUCACGAGUUGAGCUCAACAAGACACCGAGUCGAGCUAGCUCGCGAGCUGCAGAAUGCUAAGCUCAAGCUCGACUCAUUAAUAAACGAGCCGAGUUUCGAACAAACUUUUUCCGAGUCGAACGCCGGGCCGCUGACAACAACUCAACUCAUUUGCAGCCCUACGGUUCCCAACUACCCAGUAAUUAUGUAAUCACUGAUAAAUCAGAUGAUUAUUUUGGAUGACCGUAGAGCAGUAACCUAUUAUGGAUCGGUAAAUUGUACCACACUCUAAAUAAAUAUUUUGUUGAUGAUCAAUAUGUAUACACUUCCAUUUCGUGGGUUUUGUUUAACCGACUAGACUAGACUAGACUAGACUAGGUACCAGUUCUGGCUGACGUUACUUUUGGUGUGGCAGGUAAACAAACAGAAGCGAGGCCAUCAAUGAACUACCACAGCAACCAUUUCAGCUCUCUUUCUCCUCCUCAGGCAGCAGGGCACAAGAGAAAGAGCUUUAUGGAAAUGAUGAAGUCAACUAAGGUUGAUGAAGAUUUGGACGAUGAGGAGGAUUUCAUUCUUAAGAAAGAAAGCCCAGGCAAAGCGGACUUGAAUGUAAGAGUUGAUGGCAAGAGCUGUGACCAGAAAGUUAACACUCCACGGUCAAAACAUUCUGCCACCGAGCAACGUAGGAGGAGCAAGAUAAAUGACAGAUUUCAUAUGUUGAGAGAAAUCAUACCCCAUAGUGAUCAGAAGAGAGACAAGGCAUCAUUCCUGUUAGAGGUGAUUGAGUACAUUCAGUUUCUACACGACAAGGUUCAUAAAUAUGAACAAGGCUCAUACCAGGGAUGGAGCCUUGAAGCUGCAAAAUUGGUGCAAUGGAGAAGCAACAAUAGGAGUGCAGAAAGUUACGUCGACCAGUCAAGAGUUACGAAUGGGGAUGCUAAUUCAUCCGGGUUACAAUAUGCUCACCCAAAGUUGGAUGACAAGAAUGCGUCAAUCUCUGCCACCAUCCCCGGCCUCGGCGCGCAGAAACCAGCCGACUCUGAUACAAGCUCCGCUACUACUCCAAAAGCAAUGAAUCAUCAUUCUGGAAUACCAAAUAAAGCAAUGCCGUUUCCAAUGUCACUGCAGACCAACCCAUUAAAUCCGGUCAUAGGUACCUCGGCUCAACCUUCCCUUGAGGUUAAAACGAACAUCAACAGCGUUACAACUCAACAACAAUCCCAACCAGAACCAGGCCAUUUCAGACCUAAUGGGUUUGUCCACGCUGACGACCACCUCAAGGACCAAGACCUGAAUGUUGAAGGUGGUACCAUCAGUAUCUCAAGUGCAUACUCUCGCGGGCUACUGAGCAAUCUCACGGAAGCACUACGGAGUUCAGGAGUGGACUUGUCACAGGCCAGCAUCUCUGUACAGAUCGAGGUUGGAAAGGGAUCCAAUAUGGCUUCGUCAUCCAUUGCCAAGGAUAAUGAAAGUGAAGUACUGUUUAGCAAUCAAGGGAAAACGACUCAAGUUCUCAAGAAGCCGAAGACUAAAAGCUAAACUGAACCAAAUUCUUCCUUUUUUGGUUCUCUUUUGAUCUUACCCUUUUUUUUCAUUUUACUUAAGGAAUUAAUUCAUUUUUACGGAGGGUGAGGUUUAUUCAUGUCUUUCUCCUUGUUAUAGUCAAAUGAACUUACCUGGCCAAUUAAAGAUAGAGAGACCAAAAUGAUGACGAUGAUGAUUGUACAUGUAAUUGCUUUCAAUUUUCAGGUGACCAAGAUAGGUCCCUCCUGACAACUUAAAUGUGCAUUAUUAUUAUUGGAUCAAAACAACGUUCUACCAGAAUAUUCAAUUCUUGUUGUAUAGUGUUGAAUUGUGUCCCUCUUUGUAUUUCUUAUAAUCUUUGAGUACCUUUUCUGUUAUUUUCUUUGUAACCUAGUUACCCUAAGGAGCUACGUACGUCGUAAACAUGGUAUAUUAGCAGUGGAUGGCGUCGAGACUGGAUAUAUGCGCACCUACUGUACUGCUACGAAUAAUAAGAUAACAUGAGA